AUGUUAGCUGUGGGGCCGAUGGAUACUAACCGCCAGAGCGCAUUUGUUCUGAGCAGCACUCCGCUGGCUGCUCUCCAUAACAUGGCCGAGAUGAAGACGUCUUUAUUUCCCUACGCCCUGCAAAAUCCCUCCGGCUUCAAGGCCCCCGCGCUGACCGGACUUAACACGCAGCUGCCCUUGGGGACCCCCCACGGAAUAAGCGACAUCUUGGGGCGCCCUGUCGGCAGCCCCAGCAACCUCCUGACCGGGCUGCCCCGGAUUAACGGACUGACCACCUCGGCAGGGAUGUAUUUCAACCCGGCGGCCGUGUCGCGUUACCCCAAACCCUUGGCCGAACUCCCAGGAAGGCCUCCCAUCUUCUGGCCGGGGGUUAUGCAGGGCUCCCCCUGGAGAGACCCGCGCAUCGCUUGUCCCACCCAGACCGGAAUGGUCCUGGACAAAGAUGGAAAGAAGAAACACUCCAGACCCACUUUCUCGGGGCAACAGAUUUUUGCUUUGGAGAAAACCUUUGAGCAAACGAAAUAUUUAGCCGGUCCCGAACGAGCCCGGCUCGCCUAUUCUUUAGGCAUGACCGAGAGUCAAGUGAAGGUGUGGUUCCAGAACCGGAGGACGAAAUGGAGAAAGAGACACGCGGCCGAAAUGGCCUCUGCCAAAAAGAAACACGAUUCGGAGACGGAGAAGCUGAAGGAGAGUUCGGACAACGAGGACGACGACGAAUACAACAAACCUCUUGACCCCAACUCGGACGACGAGAAAAUCACGAGGUUAUUGAAAAAGCACAAAUCCUCCAAUUUAGCCCUCAUCAGCCCCUGUAGCAACACCUCGGACCCUUUGUGAUAAAACCGGGUGGGGAUGGGAGGGGGGAGAGAGAAAGAGAGAGAGAGAGAGACACUUUGCGAAACACGAAAGCCAAACUCCCCAAGACCUCUCCCCAUGGCCCUUUAAGCAAAGCUGCAUUAACCAGGGUAUAAAAGUGAUAUAAAGAAUUGUAACUGGAUGUUUAAAAAAAGUGACGUGUUGUACAGCCUAAAAAUGUAUGUGAAAUGUAUAUAUUUUUUACAGAAUAAGUUAUGAAAUUAUCUGACUCCUUCUGGUUGCACGUUGGAUAGCAGAGGAAUCUUUAUUGUUUGUUUGCUUCCCAGCACUUGUUUGGAUUCUUUGCUGGUAUCUGCCGCCCCCCACAACCUAAUCCCCCCUUACCCUUUUCUGGUUCCCGAACCCUGUCCCUAACAAUCAGAUUUUGUUACCGUUUUGUAGAAAUCGCCAUAUUCCACUUCAGCCACUUUGUACAUAGUAAAUUUCAGAUUUUGUGAUGUAUAUUUCUAGUGUAAAAAUGGCUUUUAUUUCCCCCCCUUUCCUCUUCUUUCCUUGUUCUGGCCCGUUUCGUUUCCUCCCCCCAUCCCCCUCUUCAUCCCCGGGGAUUUUAUGUCCCAUCCAAAACUCCAAACCGAAGGACAAACGGUACAAAGGUAGCGGACAAAACGGGACACGGUUUCAGACUUUAUUAUCGUCUCCGGUUGGAAAAAAAAAAACCCACUUUGUAAUAAUCAAUAAAUUAUUU